ACACCGGUCGAAGCCUCUCAACUAAAAGCAGUUCUAGGGUUUUCAAGCAGAAAAAAAAGAGUAUUUAUUUGUUCUUCUCAUUCAUCUCGAAAACAUUAGUUUUUUCAUUGGAUUUGUAAGGAAUCAAUUGUUGAAACUAUGCCUCCAAAAUCAGUGAGAAAGACGCCUUCAGGUUCUGGAUCCAAAAGAGGUGGCCGUACACCUCGUGGCACGCCAAAGUCUCAGGCAAAGCCUGUUAAGGUAGAGGAACCAAUGGAAGUAGAUAAGGCGGUGGAGCUCAAACAAGAAAUGAAGGUGGAGGAGAUAUCUGAAGAAAAGCCUGAGCUGAAAACCAUGCAAUCGGAGCCUGAGGAACCGGCCGAAACUGCUUUGAAUGCGAACGCUGUAGAGAAGGGGGCGGUUUCAGAGAAGAAGAAGGACGAUUUGAAAGAGUCAGUCGAUCACUAUGAAAAGGGCGAGCGAUUAGAUUUGGAGGAUAAUGACCCUGAAUAUGAACCUGAAGAGUAUGGCACAGUUGAUUAUGAUGAGAAUGGGAUUGAACAUGAUGGUGUUCAGGAAGAGAGAAAUGAAAUAGAGGAAGAACCUGAAGAGGCAGAUGUUGGUGAAGAGGAAGAGGGUGAUAUGGGGGAAGAGGAUGUUGAAGAUGUUCAUGAGGAAAAUGAGGGUGAUGAAGAAGAUGAGCAUGCUGAGAUGGCUGAUGCAGCAGAGGAGGAAGAACAUCAUGAAGUUGUUGAAGAAAGGCGUAAGCGGAAGGAAUUUGAAAUAUUUGUUGGUGGCCUGGACAAGGAUGCUACCGAGGAGGAUCUCAGGAAGGUCUUCAGUAAAGUUGGCGAGAUUACUGAAGUGAGGCUUCUGAUGAAUUCUCAGACAAAGAAGAAUAAAGGAUUUGCAUUCCUGCGAUUUGCCACUGUUGAACAAGCAAAAAGAGCUUGUACUGAGCUGAAAAAUCCAGUGAUCAAUGGAAAACAGUGUGGUGUCUCUCCAAGUCAAGACAAUGAUACUCUGUUUUUGGGUAACAUAUGCAAGACCUGGACAAAAGAAGCUUUAAAAGAGAAGCUGAAGCAUUAUGGUGUUGACAAUACAGAGGAUUUGACGUUGGUCGAAGACACUAAUAAUGAGGGAAUGAAUCGAGGAUUUGCUUUCUUGGAGUUCUCUUCACGUUCAGAGGCCAUGGAUGCUUUUAAGCGGUUACAGAAGAGAGAUGUUGUAUUUGGAGUUGAUAGGCCUGCAAAGGUUUCUUUUGAGGAUUCAUUCAUUGAUCCUGGGGAUGAAAUCAUGUCACAGGUUAAAACAGUGUUUAUUGAUGGUCUUGCUGUAUCCUGGAACGAGGACCAUGUACGGGAACUUCUUAAAGAAUAUGGAAAGAUUAGAAAAGUUGAGCUUGCCAGAAAUAGGCCUUCAGCCAAGAGAAAGGACUUUGGAUUUGUCACCUUUGACACUCAUGAGGCUGCAGUUACAUGUGCUAAAAGCAUUAAUAAUGAGGAAUUGGGUGAAGGAGAUAACAAGGUUAAAGUAAGGGCCAGACUAUCGAGACCCCUGCAUAUGGGUAGAGGGAAAUACGGUGGACGAGGAGAGUUCCGACCUUGGCGUAUGCCUAUGCAUGGUUCCCAUGCCCCUUGGGGUCGUACAGCGCCAUAUAGUCGUUCUAUCCGAGGGACUAGAGUUAGUACGUGUAUGCCUCCCGUAGUUGGUCGUGGUUUCAAACGACCUGCAGCAUUGAGAGAUAGACAUGCAGAGAUGGCUUUGUCUCCUAGGGGAAGAUUUAUGGCUUCACCACCCAGGAGGUCAUAUGACCGGAGACCACCUGUUUCCUCAUAUCCAAAGAGUAACUUCAAGAGGGAGUAUGGACGGCGCGAGGAAAUCUCUCCUUCUAGAAGCAGAGCAAUAGCUGAGUAUCCUUCGAGGGUUCAUUCUGACAGACGUAUAUCCUAUAGGGAUGAAUAUUCUUCGCGUGGCUCUGGUUACCCUGAAUUACCUAGAGGUACUCACUCUGCAGCAAGGAGAGCUUAUGUUGAUGAUGGAUAUGGGCAACGGUUUGAAAGACCCCCUCCAUCUUACCGUGAGGGACGUGGUCGUGAAUAUGAUUCUGUCUCUGGUUCGAAACGUCCAUACACUGCAGUGGAUGAUGUUCAUCCACACUACGCUGAGGCAGGAAUGCGGCAUUCGCGUGCUCGUUUGGAUUAUGAAUUAGGCAGUGGAAGUGGCUCCCAUUAUGGAGAUGCAUAUGGUGACAGUAGACUCGGGAGAUCAAAUCUUGGAUAUGGCGGCAACAGGAGCUCCAUUUCUAGGCAAGAUUCUCAUGGGAUAUACAGCAGUCGUCAGGGUAUGGGCUAUGGUGGAGGUUCCUAUGGUGGAAGUGAUGUAGGUGGAAUGUAUUCGUCCAGCUAUGGUGGUGACUACAUGUCUCGUGGCAGUGAUGUUGGCUCCUCGGUUUAUUCUAGUCGUGGUAUGGGUGGCAGUGGCUAUAUGGGAAGUGGUGGUUCUGGAUCUUACUACUAAGAGCUGUGUUUGGUUACCCACCAACUUAUUUAUGGUACAGAUUUGAGUUGACAAAAGCGCCUGCAGUUGGAUGAGUUAAUGUGGAAGCCCUAUGCACUGACAUGCCUCUUGGAGAGAUGGAGUUUAUGUAUUAGUACUUGUUUGUAUAUGUAGGGCUAGAGAAUUUAGCAUUAGAGGUUGCAUUGCUCUUGGAUUCUAAUUGGGAAAAGAGACAUGUGUCCCUUCUUUUGAUGUAAGGAAAUUUGAGCUAUGUACAGCAAACUGAGAUCUGGUGUCAUUUUGCAAUACUUUCUUUGUGGUU